UGAAAGGAUGCUUCCAGAGUUUGCCCUCAGGUUCUUAUUCGGCCCACCUCAUGAAUUUCCCCGCGCCCGUCUCCUGUUAGGGGCAGUGUUUGGUGUCAUUAGUGGAGCAGCGUUAUACUUGGGCCUGAUGCACAAUAUUGCCAUGACCACCAUCCAAAGGCUGAUAGUUGGCUAUGUGUUUGUUGGUGUGUGCGUCCUGGGUGGAAUGUUCUCCUCAAGAUUCCGCUGCUCUGUGCUUCUGAUGUUCCCAAGCAUCAUUGGUUCUCAAGGACGAACUUAUCUCAUGCUGUUUGUUAUAUUUGGUCUUUAUCAGGGUCCCAUCUCCAACAUUGCUCAUAACAUUAACAAUGUGGCCUUCUCCAUGGGCUGUAAUCUAGACUUGCAGAUAAAACACAGCAAGGUGAUGUGGAGUGUAACGAUGGACCCCUUUGUUGAAGUCGUCCAGGAGAUUGUGGACAGUACAGAGGAGCUUCAAAAUGAUGCCCACAACAUUACCAGCAGUUUCCAAGGCAUCCGAGACGAGGUGCUCAGUAACUAUGGAUACGCCAACGCAACGCAGAACACCACCGGCAACAGCACCCAGGAAGCCUUCGUUGCCAAGACGAUGAUGCGCUGUGACUAUGUGGUGGACCAGGGAAUAGAGCGCUGCAAGGCCUGGUUUGGGGGCAAGUGGCAGGAGUGCAUGGACUGGGUCUUGCUGCCUCUCAUCAACUACCUGCUGUGUCUGCCUAUGAAGUUUGACUUCCUCUGCAAUGUCAUGACAGUGUUGACCCCCUGGUGUAGAGAGGAGGUGCCAGUGGAGGGGAACUUUGGGCAGACCUUCGACAAGCUGUCAGCGUCCAUAGACCAACUGGGGGCAGAGUUCCACACCAGCAUGACGCUUCAGCAAGUUGAGCAGCAGUCCAUGUUCAGCCUGUCGACGCUUCAGGAGGAUUUCUCCUCGGAGCUCAGGAGGGUAUUUGAGGAGAAGAGGGCUGUUGUGGAGCGGCUGCUGGAGCUCCUUCACCUCAUCUUCUCCUUCGCCUUCAUCGCCGUGUUCAUUAAUGCGUUUGGAUAUUGCAGACAGUAUAACCAGGACAUUCGCUUUGACAAUCUUUACAUUACGACAUACUUCAGGCAAAUUGAUGACCGCAGGAGAGAAGCAGGCAAGAGGUAUCUUUUACCCCUGAAGAAGGCUGAGCAAAAGCACUUGAUCGAGCCCUGGAGUAUUGCCAUUCAUCCCAGUGAGCUGAAGCUGGUGGUGGUUGGCCUGCUGCAGGUUUUGUCUCUCUCUCUCUUCGCUGGCGUGCUGCUGGCCCUGGACUGGCUCAUCUAUCACAUAUUUGACAUCAUCCAGAAGCACUCAUUCACAGAGUACUCUCUCACAAGUGAGCAGCACAUAGACAUUGAUGUGGGCGGAGACUCCAUCAUUGCCAAUCUCCUGCGGAAGACGAUUGGUGCUUUCAACAGCUCCGCUAGCGUGGACAUGCAGACCAGCAACCAACACUGCCUGCCGCAGCCCCAGGCGCUGUCCUGGGAUCAGUAUCUAUGGAGCGUGGCGCCCCUGGUUGUCAUGGCGAUCAUGUGCUGUGUUCAGGUGUACACCAACAGACUGCGGCGCGUCAUCGCAGCCUUCUACUUCACCAAGAGAGAGAAGAAGCGGAUUCUGUUCCUCUACAACAUGCACAUCAAGAAACGCAUCAUGUUUGUCAACAUCCAGCGUAGAAAGCUGAUGACUACACGGCGGCCACAGACCUCUUCCUUCCUGGUCCUGAUGGAGCGUCUGAUGGAGCAUCUGGGCGUGAGGCUGCGGUGGUGCUGUGUGUGUGGGGAGCGCCAGAAGGGCGGCCGGGGGUGUGUGUUGGUGUGUGCAGCGUGCGGAGUGGCCUACUGUACGCAGUGCUGGAGAGACCUGGACCAGCUCUGCUGCGCCUGCACGCCACUCAAGCAACUUCAGGGAACUGACUGUGGAGACGACAAUGAUGAUGUUUAUUACAGUGACUAGAGUUUAAUUUCUAAUGUAUGCGUUAUAACCACAAACAAAUUUUAAUUUCUUUCUGUUUAUUUUGUUUAUUAUUAUUAAAUGAGAUGUA